AUGGAAGAUAAACUCUCGUCACCUUCGUCAUCCUCUCAGGGCGCCAGUGUCGCCACCCCGGUCAAGCGACAGCACGAAAGCGACGAUAUUGCGCUUGUAAUACGAAAACAGCCUCCCUCGCACGUGUUUUCUGGUGAAGUGUUCGACAUUGAGUUUGAAUUGGAAGUCAGUCCAGGAUCGCAGUAUAGCCCUCCCGCGAACGUCGAGGUCAUGGUCACACUUGAUUCAAGCAAAGGCAUAUCGAAAGAUGAAACGAAGUUAAUUAUUUUGGAAGAACCUCGCUUGUCGCCUAGUCGCAAAACUGGGAAAGCUAGAUGUCGGCUUGACUGCGUUAUCUUACCGAAAGAACGUGGGGCUGCAGUUUGCAUUCGCGUCGGGGCCAAAAAAGAGCGAGAAAUAUCUGCAUGUGUCACAAACUACAUUCAUAUUGUAAGAGCAAAGCUUUGGGUUCGUGUUGAUGAGUCUUGGGGAAAUGUUUGGUACAAAGAUGAAGGUGGUCGGGACAAAUCGAUUGAAGUCACCGUUAAGGCCUUCGAUCAGCAAAAUAACAUUGUGAAGGAAAGAGUGCCACUUUCCUUGAAAUUAUGUUAUGACUCCCCAUCUCUUUUAAGAGUUUCCAAUCAGCAUCUUUUACGCAAGCUUGGGUCUGAGAGAACUCUCCAAAUCGAGGAACAAACUGGCAUAGCAAAGAUUAGAUUCCGAAUAGAGGAUGUGUCCAAAAAUCACCAAGGUCAAGACUUUGUGGUGGAAAUAUCAGCAGACAAAGAAUUCCAAGACUUUGCUCCGGCGACAACACCGCCAGUAGCCGUUCGCUCGAAGAGGAAUAAACGUCACAGAAACACUCCGUCCAGUGGAAGCUCUCGCCCGUCAAUUGCACUGGACCGAAAUCGCAAUGAAACAUUUCUGGGUAUGCAAGAGGCAGCACAGUUUUCAAAUCCUGUAACCUCUCUUAGUCCGGAUACAGGGAGACUGAGGGAAGCGCUUCAAGAGGUAAUACACUGGACAGAAGAAGUCGUGAACGGUCUCUAUCCGUUGCAAUGGCAAGUUCUCGGAUACACGCAGAAUCCCGACGGGAGUCCUGACUAUAGUCGACCUUAUCACAGCAUGACAAAUCCCAAUGCAGUCAUCAGCAGGGUACUUUCCACGUACAACCAAUCUACUCGGGACAACCUUAACAUUUUAAAGCAGGCAGUUGACCGGACAGAAGUAUUGAACGAUACAAGCGGACAAUCGUCUUAUGCUGCACCUGCCAACAUGCAGAGAGCGUUUGACUCGAUGGGGGACGCGGGUCAGCCUCAGAACAUAUUGCCCUCUCGCCAACGGAUAGACCCGGUCUACGGAGAUUACGCAACUUUGCAGCAUCCAUCAUAUUUUCCGCAACCACCUUCGCGUACAGGUGAUCCGGCGAUGUUGAAUACCCCAGGUCGGCGUUCGCAUCAUGUGAGUUACGGGAGCCAAUCCAAGAUAAAUUCCAAUGAAGACAAUCCAGAGAGUCUGGUGGAAUAUGUUCUGGCGAAAAAAUACAAAUCCCUGCAUAGUGGAGAGCAUUUGGGCUUUCCAGCAUACUCAGGUAACAAAGAAAUAGUGGGUUUCUACCGUGAGGCGACGAACAAGCUGGGAGCUAGCCAAUUCGUUGCUAUAGGCAGGCACACCCGCGAUUUCGGGCCCUUCGAGAUUUUGCAAGCAACUGAUAUUCUUGAGGAGGCAAUAGCGAACAAAAGCGACGCGGUUCAUGCUCUAAAAGAUUGGGGCUCGAUUGGGAAUUUAAUCGAUCACUGUCUUGUUUAUGAUUUCAGCAAAGAUGUUUCUGGUGUUGGAGGCACUCACCAUUCUUUAUCGGGGGCCUGA